AUGGCACGAAAACCUGCACUAGGAGCUAUCUAUCAAAGAAUCGAUGAUGAAAAAAGGUUUGAUUCAUGAUAGGUUACUAAAUUAGUUUUACAGCCGGUGAAUAGAUGGAGACCAGGAGUGACAGUCGUAACAGUCCAUUGGGUAGUGUCCCCCCAACAGAAUAGAAAGGAAGGGGAAGUCGUUGGACGACGCCAUCAGUAUAAAAGAAUGGGUGACUGCCAGUGGAAUAUUUCAAAUCUGGUUUGCGGAAACCGAUCACACACAUAACCUGUUAUUUCUCCGAAAUAACUAAAUAACUAAAACUUAGACUCAGAGACGGUCUUGUUAAUAAUGGCAGUAGGACCGAGUGGACCGACCAAUUAAUGAAAGCUAUGACAAAAUUUCAGAGAGAAAUUAGACAUUGGUUGUACGUUUUCACGUGCUUGACGCGUUGUGUCUACUUACACGGGCAUGAUGUGUUACCUGUCCCUUUAACUGUCCAGUUACAAGUAUGACCCGUACACUUUCCUAUUAGUGCUCAGAUCGGGCUGGCGAUAAACAAUCACGUUCGACAAUUUUGUUAUAGUUUUGAUGAGCCAUGUAAUGGUGAUUUUCGAUCUGUUAUGAAAGUUGCGUUCGUUGGUUACCUGUUCAUUUCGCGAAUGAUGUGACUUUUUAAUGUCGUUGUUAAGGUUGACAACUGUAGGAUCAAACCACAAUGAACAACAACUUACAUUAGCUAGUUUUGAUGAUGGUAUGUCGUUUUCUAACCGACCUUGUAUACGAUUGUUUUUAGAAAAGCCGCCGGCUGAAAGGAAAACUCUAACGCUUUCCUUGAUUUGGAAAAGAAUGUUGAAAACACUACCAUUUCUCGUUGGCAGUAAGGGUCCGACAGGCCCUCCUGACAUUUCUAGAGGAAAGGCAAUCCAGCAAAAGUUACCCAACGAUCUUUAA